AUGACACCGUCAAGGCCUCUUCUGAUGCUGGCCUCUCUGGCGUGGGUUGUUCUGGCCGACCAAGAGUCAUGCAAGGGCCGCUGUAUUGAGGGCUUCAAUGCGAACAAGAAGUGUCAGUGUGACGAGCUCUGCUCUUACUACCAGAGCUGCUGUGCUGACUACCAUGUGGAGUGCAAGCCCCAAGUAACUCGUGGGGAUGUAUUCACUCUGCCAGAAGAUGAGUACGGGACCGUUGACUAUCUCGACACCAAAGACAACACCAGCAUUCAAGAGCCACCAAUGACCCCUGUCUUGGACUCUAACCCCCAGAUCCAGCCUCAGGGGGCCUCUGAGCUAGAGGUCCCAAAACCUGAGUCAGGGGUCCUAGGGCCCGAGAUAACUGAGCAAGGUACCACCGAUUUCCCAGCAGAGGAGGAGCUGUGUAAUGGGAAACCCUUUGACGCCUUCACUGAUCUCAAGAAUGGUUCCCUGUUUGCCUUCCGAGGGAAGUACUGCUAUGAGCUGGAUGAAAAGGCAGUGAGGCCUGGCUACCCCAAGCUUAUCAAAGACGUCUGGGGCAUCGAGGGCCCCAUUGAUGCUGCCUUCACCCGCAUCAACUGCCAGGGGAAGACCUACCUCUUCAAGGGUAGUCAGUAUUGGCGUUUUGAGGAUGGUGUCCUGGACCCCGACUACCCCCGCAACAUCUCUGAAGGCUUCAGCGGCAUUCCGGACAAUGUGGACGCAGCCUUGGCCCUCCCAGCACAUAGCUACAGCGGCCAGGAGCGGGCCUACUUCUUCAAGGGGGAAAUGUACUGGGAGUACAAGUUCCAGCAGCAGCCCAGUCAGGAAGAGUGUGACAGCAGCUCCUUGUCGGCCGUGUUUGCACACUUCGCCCAGAUGCAGCGGGGCAGCUGGGAGAGCAUCUUCGAGCUUCUCUUCUGGGGCAGACCCUUUGGUGGUGCUGGAGAGCCCCAGUUCAUCAGUCAGGACUGGCAUGGGGUGCCAGGGCAAGUGGAUGCCGCCAUGGCUGGCCGUAUUUACAUUGCCGGUUCAGCACCCCGUUCCUCCUGGGCCAAAACGUCCAAGUCUAAGCGUCGAAACCGUAAACGCUACCGCUCACGGGGAGGGCGCACCCGUAGCCACAGCCAGAACCACAACCGGCCUUCCCGGUCAGCCUGGCUGUCUUGGUUCUCCAGUGAGGAGAGUGACUUGGGAACCUUCAACUACGACUACGACAUGGACUGGCUAGUACCUGCUACCUGUGAGCCCAUCCAGAGUGUCUACUUCUUCUCAGAAGACAAGUACUAUCGAGUCAACCUUCGCACACGGCAUGUGGACACUGUGAACCCUCCUUACCCACGCUCCAUCGCCCAAUACUGGCUGGGCUGCCCAGAGCCUGACCACAAGUAGGAGUCUAAGCUUAUACAACUAGACCCUCCACUGUUC